AUGUCCCCCUCGUCCUCUCUUCAAUGGUUUCUCCUUGCCCUCCCCGCCGCUGUCUUCUUCGCAUACGUCCUUACCGCUUUCCCACACGCCUCCACAACGCUCACCGUUCAUCCCUCACUGGCGACCCUCCCCAACGACUCCGCCAGUUGGUCCGUCUAUCCUGAGACGUUUUAUGAUGGGGGACAAUACGUGCGCUUUCCACAGGGUACCGUGCGAUACUGGCUCGUAGGCCCUGAAGACGGUGAACGCAUCGUUCUAAUCCAUGGAUUGUCCGUGCCUGCGAUCAUCUGGAAAGACGUUGCGCCGCAACUUGUAGACAACGGCUUCCGGGUACUGUUGUAUGAUCUGUACGGCCGCGGCUAUUCCGAUGCGCCUCAGACAACCUACGACGCCGGUCUUUACACGACUCAGCUCGCUCUUCUUAUGCAACAUGUAGGCUGGGACAAAGCAUGCAUCGCAGGCGUGUCAAUGGGAGGCGGCAUUGCUACUGCUUUCACUGCACAUUUUCCACAUCUUGUGACCGACAAGAUAGCGCUCAUCGCGUCCACUGGACUCCUAAAUCCUAGUGACCUGUCCCGAACCUCCAAAUUCCUCUCCUCGCCGCUCAUUCAAUUUUUUGCUGCGAGCUAUCCCUUCCGCCUUUACCUCCAAUAUCUCGCGAGUGGCAAACCGUCCAACGACCCUAUCGCCGAACUUGUGCGCAUACAGUCAGCGUACCUUCCGGGGUUCAACCCCGCUAUCGCCUCCUCGCUUCGGGACGGCCCUGUGCGCAGCCUCGCGCCCGCGUUCGCUGCGCUCGGCCGGCGCGCGAGCAAAGAGGGCACGCGUGUGCUGCUGGUGUGGGGCACGGCAGACGCGGUUGUCCCGUACCGCAACGCCGCCCGUGUGUGCACAUACGUGCCGGGAGCAGAGCUCGUGACGAUCGGGGGCGCGGGGCAUGAUAUCACGAUUAGUCACCCUCAGGAAGUGGGCGAGGCGCUCGUGCAGUUCUUUCGCGGGCGGGCGUGA